AUGACCUCACAGGUUAUGGAUGUCUUCCGAUUCAGUGUCGCCGCGACCCCGGUCGGUUCUGUUCGGGGCUUUUCCUUGCCCAUCAGUGGCAGCGCUAGGGGUCCUCGUUGGGCCCAGAAGCGCCUCAACAUCGAGCGGUUGCGUGAGGCGGCCAUAGUGCAGGCGUGGCGUCUUGACUCGCUUGGCGAGCCAGCAGACGUGUGCGAGGGGGUGGAGCGUCUGCGCGAGGCAAUGUCACGGGUGUGUGACGCUGCUAUGCCUCGCGUGAGAGCUCUCGCUCCUAAGCGCCAAGUUCAUUGGUGGACCGAGGAGAUCGCCAGCCAGCGCCGGCUAUGCGAUAUUAGUCGUCGCACAUACCAGCGAUAUCGACGACGAAGAACGCGCCGGGACCCCAACGAGGAGGACCGCCUGUACGAAGUGUACAGGACAGGAUAA